UCGUUGUUUUCUUGUACAUAGCUGUAGUCCAGAGCUCUGUUGAUUACUGAUAUUACCUGACUCUACCUUCAUCAUGAUUAAGUUGAAAUACCAAAUGACCUUUUUCUUGACGGCAGCAUUGUGUUUAUCAUACAGCGCCGCUGGAGGGCCAUCUACAGGGCCAGUGCCGGUAAUAACAACGACCACGACUGCUCCGCCAAGAAAUAUUUCCUGUCAUGCGUAUUCCUGCCAGUUCAAAGAUUGCAUACAAAAGGCAAAUGAAUCGGCUUUAAUCGGCACUUGCUACACGCCUGGUAACUGCUUUGCGAGGUACACAUCAAAUGAUACCUACACGAAGGAGGAGCUUGGCUGUGAAGGAACAACAAGCGGCUGCUUAACAACUGCUCAUGAUAAUAAUGGUGGACGGAGACAAUGCUGUACCAGUGACAAGUGUAAUACUCUAACCGGCUUAAAACCUUCCACAGCCCCGAGUCUGUUCUACUCUUUAGGGGUCAUUUUGUCAUGCCUUCUUUUGUGUUUGGGCAAAUUUUAGAUCCUUUCUGUGGUACAUCAAUCUAAACUUAUAUAAGGCACUGAUAUUUUUCUCUCAAACAAUUACUGUAUAUCAGUUUUUUUCGUGAUGACCUAUUUUUCGCAUUUUUUGCGAUCAUUUUCCAUUCGCAAAAUAUAAAUGACGCAGAAAUUACAACAGCUUUAAUGUGAUAUAAAACAUUACCAUUUUAAACCAAAUAAAGUCUUAAAUCGUGAAAAAUAACACGCAAAAUAAAAACUGGAUUAAUCUACCCCUUUUUUCACAAAAUUUCUAACACACGAAAAAAAAAACCGGAUAUACGGAUAUCCCAUGAAUCUUUGCUAACUAAAUACAUUUAUUCUUUAUUAUAAGUAUUUAUGAAAUACUUUUAUCAUAAUAUAUUUCGAUGUACCUUUCCUUUAUGUGAACUUAAAUUGUAUAAACAAAUGCACUGAUGAUUUAUUAAUUUGAUAUUUUUAUUAAUAUUUUUUAUUAUAUAAUUUUAUAUAUUUAUUUGAAUUUUACAGACAAAAAUUUUUUUUUACAAAAAAUGAAAUUCUGUUACUGUAUUAGGUACGAUUGACUUUGUU